AAUGUAUAAUUCACUUUUUCUUGUUUGCUGGUCUCUUUAUCCUAAAUAUAUACUUGCAAAAGCUGUUCGUCCUGAGCUUUCAACUAUAAUUAAAAAAGAGGCUAGUCAUUUAUUUAAACAUCUUUUUCCAAAUAAGGAUGUUAGAAGAUUUCGAAUGCAAUUAAUUGAUUGGAGUAAUAAAGUUUAUCCUUUCGAUUUUGAAGGCAACUGGGAUGAUUACUUAAUUAAAGACCCUGUAUAUUUUUGGAACAAUUUUCGGAAUGAAGUACCUGAAUUGGCACUAUUUGCUUCUUGA